AUGAAGACUUCUUCAUUGACCUUUAACUGCCUGUUCUCCUUCUGUUUGGGUGUGCUGGCUGACGAGACGAUCAAGCGUGUUGGCAGUCCCACGGUAGUGAUUCCAUCCCCGGAUGCAACUAUCAUUGGAGUUCCUGUUGGCAUUGUUGAGUCAUUUCAAGGACUACCUUUUGCACAGCCACCAGUUGGGCCUUUGCGAUACAAUGUUCCACAGCCUUUGAAGCAAGACCAGUCUUUGGGUACGAUCAACGCCUUGGCUGUUGGACCAACCUGUCCUCAGACUCUGCUUGAUACAAGCUUUACAGAUGGCUUGCCAGCGGAGGCCCUCGCAGUGCUCAAGAACACGACGCUCUUCCAAUCCACCGGAAACGUCAGCGAAGAUUGCCUGUAUCUCAACGUGUUUCGACCAGCAGGUAUUGACUCUUCAGCAAAACUCCCUGUCCUCUUCUGGAUGCAUGGAGGAGGGUUCGAGAUGGGCUUCACCAUGACGUCUGAGGGUGUUCCUUUCGUAACAGAUUCCAUUGGACAGGGCAAGCCUAUCAUCUUCGUCGCUGCAACAUAUCGGGUCGGAGGUUUUGGCUUCCUGGCUGGCAAAGAGGUUCUGGAGGCCGGCGUUGCCAACCUCGGUCUGCUAGACCAGCGACAAGCGAUGAAAUGGGUGGCUGAUAAUAUUGAAGCAUUCGGCGGCGACCCCGACAAGGUCACUAUUUGGGGUGAAUCAGCCGGGUCCAUCUCAGUAUUCGACCAUCUCAUCCUUUACGAUGGAGACAACUCUUACAACGGCAAGCCUCUAUUCCGUGCAGGGAUUAUGAACUCGGGGAGCGUCGUUCCUGCGGAUUCUGUCGAUUGCCCCAAGGCCCAAUCGGUAUAUGAUCAAAUCGUGGAGAAGGUGAAAUGUUCGAGUGCAUCGGAUACCCUCCAGUGCCUUCGCGACGCGGACUUUCAAACACUGCUUGAUGCCAUCGCAGAAAUACCAACUUUCACUUCGUACCAAUCCAUUGCACUGCACUUCUUGCCCAGACCGGACGGGAAAGCCCUGACCAAGUCCCCAGACCAAUUACUGCAGGAGGGCAAAUUUGCCAAGGUCCCGAUCAUCAUUGGAGACGAAGAGGAUGAAGGGACGCUCUGGUCGCUUGCGCAACCUAACAUUACCACAACGGCUGAAGUUGCAGACUAUUUGAAUGAAUACUUCUUCCACCACGCUUCCCAGCAGGAAAUGGACGAUUUCGUGGCGACAUACCAAACCAUCACUGAAGAUGGGUCACCUUUCCGCACUGGUCUCUUGAACAACUGGUAUCCUCAAUAUAAACGAUUGGCUGCUAUCCUGGGGGAUCUGGCUUUCACCCUCAGUCGACGUUAUUUCCUUAACAUUCGACAUGCUGUCGCUUCUGAUUUGCCGGCUUGGUCAUAUAUGUCGUCGUACAAUUACGGUCUACCAAUUCUGGGAACGGUGCACGGAAGCGACAUUCUUCACAUCGUCUGGGGCAUUCCAUACGAUUAUGCAACCCGUACCAUGCACUCCUAUUAUUUGUCUUUCAUACACGAUCUCGAUCCCAACUCGAAUAACGACGCCCCGGAAUGGCCCCAGUGGUACGAAUCAAACAAGCUAUUGAACCUUUACUCAGGCUACCAGCAGUUCAUUACGGACGAUUUUCGAUCUGACUCAUAUGAAUGGAUCAGCAAGCACGUGCCACAGCUUACGAUGUGA